CUCCACGCCCCGCUCUGUUUACGUCCACGUCACCCGGAAGUACAGGUGUCUCCUGUCACAAUGAUCAGACAGGGCUCAGAGGCUCCACUUUUUGGUGAAGACGAUGAUGUCAUUAACACAAGAAAGUCAAAUAUUAAACACCCCAUCGUCUCCUUCUUCCACCUGUUUUUCCGGACCAGUGCCAUCCUGCUCUACGUAAUGUGUGACUUUUUCAGCAGUCGCUUUAUUGUUUGUAUGGUGUCCAUCAUCCUUCUGCUGUCAUGUGAUUUCUGGACUGUCAAGAAUGUGUCUGGCAGACUGCUGGUGGGACUGCGCUGGUGGAACCAAGUCGAUGAAAAUGGGAAUAGCCACUGGAUAUUUGAGUCAAGGAAGCAGACACAAAGUCAGAGCACAACCACUGGUGCUGAAUCUCGGAUCUUUUGGCUUGGUCUGAUUGUGUGCCCCAUCUUCUGGAUCCUAUUUUUCUUCAGCACUAUCAUCUCUCUUCAGAUUAAAUGGCUGGCUGUGGUAGUCAUGGGUCUGGUUUUACAAUGGGCUAAUCUGUAUGGGUACGUGAGGUGUAAAGUUGGUGGGAAGUCAGACUUGAAAGAUAUUGCUAAAGGCUACUUGGGAGCCCAGCUUUUUAAACAGGCACUGAAGACGACAGAGGAGCCUUAAAAUGAAAUUUGGACCAAUCAAAUUAUAUUCUUUGUCAUGGGCUUUGUAAACUGUGAAUAUAUUGCAGACUUUUGGGCGAUAUGUGGAAGCUACUUGGUGAAAGAUGUAAUUAGGCUGCACAAAAUGUUGUAACUGUGCUCUUUAGGUGAGUGUUGUUCUAUUUCAAGACCCCAUCUGUCAGAAGUAAAUAUGCCAAACCAAAAAAAACCUCUUUGUGCAAUUUUAAAAAUACAAUAUUUAUGUUAAGCAUUAAUAUGUAUAUUAAAUAAUAAAAUAUUAAACAUUGUUAUUGAUUGACGCUUUCAACUAUCAGUGCACCAAUCACACGCAGUAAUGGCUGUACAACCUCUUCCCACUAGGUGGUAGCAACACACAAUCCAUCAGACAAUGACAAGACGCAAAUGUGUUUUAUUUCCCAGCUUCACCUCAAAUAUGAACAUUUUACACGCAACAGAUAACUGUUUAUUUUACACUUUUAAUAAAAUACAAAUUAUAAUCUAGUUACAGCAUGGAUAUCCUAUAACAAAAAAAACCCAAAAAAACCCAAACAAACUCGUGAAAUGAGUGAACUGGAUAGAUAUGGAUGUUCACAUAAAUACACCAUAGUGUUAUGAUGCAAGAUGCAAUAGCAAAAUAAAUAAAUAAAUAUAAGAAGUUGUACUUUUCUCACUUCCUUGAUCUAAUGGGCAAAAUAUGCUGAGACACAUACACAUAGAUGCAAUUAAAAGUUACAGCUCCUUUAAUCCCAGAAGUCAAAAUGGUCAAUAAUACAAACAAGAUUGACCAUGACAUACAACAUCCCACUAAAGUAAGCUAUGCUGAAAACUAAGUAAAUCCAGAAAAAAGAUUUAUCAAGGACAUCUGCAAGUCGCUCAUAUUUGUCACUUUGUUUUUCUUUUGCAUCAAGCUCUUGUAGAAAACUGACCACUUUCCUGAGCAGCUGAAUAUGUUCUUCUGUAGGUUCAGUCUGGACAAUGCUGAUGUCAGGUCUGGACUCUGGUUAAGAACAAAUACAGAGUAGAAUACAGCCAGUUCAAAUUCUAAUAGAUAGUAUGAUGUUUAUCUACAGCCUAGUGGAGUUAAAUAGACCUUCAUUUUAUGCUUCCAUUAUAUUUUCUAUCUGUAUUGUGCAACUGCUUUUGUUCAUGAAAUGUGUUAUCUAAAUAAAGUGGAUUAUUUUACCUU